AUGGCCUACAUGGAAUUAUGUCGGACUGAUGAAUUUGCGAAGACAAUUUAUUAUGUUGAUGUUCCUAGAUAUUAUACGUGGGAAGUGGCCGGAAAGAAAUUUAAAAGAAGGAUUAGAGGAGAGCCAGUAAACGGGCAUAACGGUAUUGUAAGUACGGAUGCAUUGGGUAGAGUAUAUACCGUGCAUCCAAAUAAUUUUGAAUGUUAUUGUGUUAGGUUACUUUUGCACAACAUUCGAGGGCCAGAAUCAUUCACUGAUCUGCGGACUGUCAAUGGUGUACUCUGCGAAACAUACAGAGAAGCCUGUUUUAAAUUAGGUCUUUUAGAGGAUGACAACCACUGGAAUCAGACUUUAAUAGAAGCCGCAUGA